AUCAGUCAUUUCUUAAUGCAAGACAUCGCUUUUUUGUCUGGUGGCCGAGGAAAGGACAAUGCUUGGAUCAUUACGUUUCCAGAAAACUGUAAUUUUAGAUGUAUACCAGAAGAUGUAAUAGCAAAAGUACUCACUUACCUGACAUCUAUUGCAAGGCAAAAUGGAUCUGACUCUCGGUUUACCAUUAUUCUGGAUCGAAGAUUGGAUACAUGGUCUUCUCUCAAAAUUUCUCUCCAAAAAAUUUCAGCUUCCUUCCCUGGGAACCUGCACUUGGUUUUGGUUUUACGUCCUACCAGUUUUCUUCAACGAACUUUCACAGACAUUGGAUUUCGAUUUAGUCAGGAGGAUUUCAUGCUCAAAUUACCGGUUGUUAUGCUGAGCUCAGUUAGUGAGUUGCUGACAUACAUUGAUGACAAGCAAUUAACCCCUGAGUUAGGCGGCACCUUGCAGUACUGCCACAGUGAAUGGAUCAUCUUCAGAAAUGCAAUAGAAAAUUUUGCCCUCACAGUGAAAGAAAUGGCUCAGAUGCUACAGUCCUUUGGAACUGAACUGGCUGAGACUGAACUACCAGAUGAUAUUCAUUCAAUUGAAGAAAUUCUGGCAAUUCGUGCUGAAAGGUAUCGUCUGUUAAAGAAUGAUAUUACAGCUGUAACCAAAGAAGGAAAAAUUCUGCUAACAAACCUGGAAGUGCGUGACAUUGGAGAGGAUGAAAGUUCAACAGUAGAGAGUCAUCAAAUAACUGGUGACUGGCAUACUAUUAAUAAACUGCUGACUCAAGUACAUGAUAUGGAAAAAGCUUUUGAUGGAUUUUGGGAAAAACACCAAUUAAAAAUGGAGCAGUAUCUGCAACUCUGGAAGUUUGAACAGGAUUUUCAAGAGCUUGUGGCUGAAAUUGAGUUUCUAUUGCGCCAACAAACAGAUCUGGGUGAUGUAACAGGGAAUAUAACUCAAGUCAAACAAAAAUUAAAAAAGUUGGAGAACCUAGAUGAAAACUCUCAGGACCUAAUAGCCAAGGCCCGAUUUGUGAUAUUACAUGGACACAGACUUGCUGCAAAUCACCAUUAUGCACUUGAUCUAAUCUGCCAGAGGUGCAAUGAGCUCCGCUAUCUUACUGAUAUUUUGAUUAAUGAGAUCAAAAGGAAACGGAUACAGCUCAGCAGGACCUUCAAAAUGCAUAAACUCCUACAGCAGGCUCGUCAGUGCUGUGAUGAAGGGGAAUGUCUUCUAGCUAAUCAGGAAAUGGAUAAGUUUCAGUCUAAAGAAGAUGCUCAGAAAGCUCUCCAAGACAUUGAAAAUUUUCUUGAAAUGGCUCUACCCUUCAUAAAUUAUGAUCCUGAAACCCUACAGUACGAAUUUGAUGUAAUUUUAUCUCCAGAACUCAAGAUCCAGAUGCAGACUGUGCAGCUGAAGCUUGAAAAUAUCCGAAGUAUAUUUGAGAACCAACAGGCUGGUUUCAGGAACCUGACGGAUAAGCAUGUGAGGCCAAUCCAGUUUGUGGUCCCCACAUCUGAAAAUUUGAUGAGAUCUAGAACUCCAUUCUUUUCAUCUAAACAUGUGGGAGUUGGAUACUCUUUCUUUCAAGCAUGUAAACUUUUUUCAAAAGGGAAGAAGGACUGGAGACAAAAUCAGAACAACUUAAAAAUCGAAGUGGUGCAUGAUUGCCAGGAGAAGAGAAGUUCUGGUCAAUCCUCCAGUUUGGAAAACGAUAAUAGUUUGGAUGUCUUAAAGAAAUAUGUCCUAAAUGAGCUGAUACAGACCGAGAGGGUGUACGUUCGAGAGCUGUUUACUGUUUUGUUGGGCUAUAGAGCAGAGAUGGAUAAUCCAGAGAUGUUUGAUCUUAUGCCACCUCUCUUGAGAAAUAAAAAGGAUGUUCUCUUUGGAAAUAUGGCAGAAAUAUAUGAGUUCCAUAAUAGCAUUUUCAUGAGCAGCCUGGAAACUUGUACUGAUGCCCCUGAACGAGUGGGACCUUGUUUCCUGGAAAGGAAGGAUGAUUUUCAGAUGUAUGCAAAAUACUGUCAGAAUAAGCCCAGAUCAGAAGCAAUUUGGAGAAAGUUCUCAGAAUGCGCCUUUUUCCAGGAAUGUCAAAGAAAACUAAAACACAGACUUGGUCUGGAUUCCUAUUUACUCAAACCAGUGCAGCGAAUCACUAAAUAUCAGUUGUUGUUGAAGGAGCUAUUAAAAUAUAGCAAAGAAAGUGAAGGAACUACUCAAUUAAAAGAGGCGCUUGACACAAUGCUGGAUUUACUGAAGGCAGUUAAUGACUCUAUGCAUCAGAUCGCAAUAAAUGGCUAUAUUGGAAACUUAAAUGAGCUGGGCAAGAUGAUAAUGCAAGGUGGAUUCAGUGUUUGGACAGGACACAAGAAAGGUGCUACAAAAAUGAAGGAUUUUGCUAGAUUCAAACCAAUGCAGCGACAUCUUUUCUUAUAUGAGAAAGCUGUUGUUUUUUGUAAAAGACGUGUUGAAACUGGAGAAGGCUGUGACAGAUACCCGUCAUACAGUUUUAAGCACUGUUUGAAAAUGGAUGAAGUUGGAAUCACUGAACACGUAAAAGGUGAUAACCGCAAGUUUGAAAUCUGGUAUGGCGGGAAAGAAGAAGUUUAUAUUGUCCAGGCUCCUAAUGUUGAAGUAAAGAUGUUGUGGUUAAAAGAAAUAAGAAAUAUUUUGUUGAAGCAACAGGAACUUAUGACAGUUAAAAAACAAAAACAACAGAAUGGGUUAUCAGAGCAGAAUCAGCUUUCUUCUCAGAAUGAUGAAAAGCAGCAGGGAGCUAUUGCACGUUUCGAGGAAACUGAAUCAGAACACGCUAGCGGUAUGGUGGAGGUCUCUGAGGCAAUCUUGGCAGGUCAGGCGGCAGCAAGUGCAGUUUGGACUGAGAUGUCACACUCUGCAGAAACCCUUGAAGAGCCUGACGAGUGGCCAAGCAACUAUUUCUACUCUACUUAUGGAAAUGAAGAAGAAGAUAGGUCCCUAAUGAGACCUGUGACGGACAUGGCUCUCCUAUUUUGA